CCACCUCCAAUCGAAGACGACGCCUUUCUCUUUCUCUCUCUUAGCCUCUCCGCCCUGAUAUCUAGGGUUUUCCUUCCUCUCCGCCGCCGCCGUCGCCGUCGCCGUCGCCGUCUCCUUCACCGUCGUCUAAGCGUCGUCUCGCUCUUCCACGUCCUUCUCCUCAUCUGCUGCGUCCGCAGGGCAGCCGCUGCCUCCGCUCGUGGGUCGUUUCGGUUCCGCUCGCGUCUAGUCGAGGAAGUCGCCGAUUUUAAUACUUCUCAGCUGUCUUCGUAAGCUAGGUCGGAUAUGUUCUGGCGAAUCCCCAACCUCCCCGCUUCGUCCCCGGUGGAGUUAAUAUUGGAUAAGGAAAAUUUCACUUUAGAAGAACUUCUGGACGAAGAAGAGAUAAUUCAAGAAUGCAAAGCUCUUAACUCACGACUUAUUAAUUUUCUUAGAGAACGUGCUCAGGUAGAACAAUUACUUCGAUAUAUCAUUGAAGAUGCUCCUGGUGACGCUGACAAUAUACGGACCUUUAAGUUUCCUUUUGUUGCUUGUGAGAUAUUUACUUGUGAAAUUGAUGUCAUUCUUAAAACCUUGGUGGAGGAUGAAGAUUUGAUGAACAUGUUAUUCUCCUUUCUUGAACCAAAUCGCACGCACAGUUCAACACUGGCUGGAUAUUUUAGCAAGGUUGUGGUGUGCCUAAUGUUAAGGAAAACAAAUUCACUUAUGGCAUAUGUUCAAACCCAUGGCACAGUUUUCAACCUCUUGGCCGAUUUGAUAGGAAUAACAUCAAUCAGGGAGAUCUUGAUUCGUCUUGUUGGUGCUGAUGAUCAUACGAAUCCGAACUAUGUGAACAUCAUGCAGUGGUUGUCUGAUACCAAUCUUCUUGAUAUGAUCGUGGAUAAAUUAAGUCCAUCUCAUUCAACUGAAGUUAAUGCCAAUGCGGCUGAGGUUUUAAUGGCCAUUAUUCGAAAUACUCCAUCAGCUUUAGCAGCCAAACUUUCCAGCCAAAGCUUUAUCACCAGGAUAUUUGGCCAUGCAUUGGAAAAUUCUUCAUCAAGAUCUGCUCUCAUUCACUCUCUAUCUGUGUGCAUUGCUUUGCUUGAUCCUAAAAGGUCUGCAUCUGCGGCAUCUAUUAAUUACAUCAGGAAUCAGCAUUUAUAUGUGCCAUUCAGUGAUGUUGAUCCCACAGCUCUUCAUGCCAUGUUGACACAUUUGAAUGACUUGCUUAAAUUUUUAAACGUAUCAUCCGAGACUAAUACUCUUCAAACAACAUAUGGUGAAUUGCAACCUCCACUUGGGAAGCACCGUCUUAAAGUAGUAGAGUUCAUUGCGGUAUUACUGGAAGUUGGUGGUGAAGCUGCUGAGAAGGAAUUGAUUAAAUCUAGUGCCAUCCAGAUAAUCCUAGAUCUUUUUUUUAAGUAUCCCUUCAACAACUCACUACAUCAUCAUGUGGAGAAUUUGGUGAUUUGUUGCCUUGAAAGCAAGAACAGUGUAGUUGUUGAUUAUCUCUUUUGUGAAUGUAGUAUCAUCACUAAAUUUCUACAGAUGGAUAAAAAUUCUUUUCUUUCAACUGAAUCAAGUGUGAUAACUGUUCCAGCCUCUGGGAGAAAACCAAUUCGAGCUGGUAACAUUGGACAUAUAACAAGAAUUUGUAACAGACUUGUCCAACUAGGAACUAGCAAUGACCGUAUUCGGUCUUACCUACAGGAAUCAGUUGACUGGGUUGAUUGGCAAACAAAUGUGCUGCGUGAACGUAAUGCAGUAGAGAAUGUAUAUCACUGGGCCUGUGGUCGACCAACAUCUAUACAGGAAAGGGGAAGAGAUAGUGAUGAAGAACUUCAUGUUAGAGAUUAUGAUGUGGCUUUAUCAAAUAAUCCUCUCCAGCCAUUUCAAUAUCGAGUCUAUGAGAAUGAUGACAUGGAUGAGGAUGUAUACUUGGAUGAAGGAUCUAGUGGAGUCGUCAUUUCUUCUUUGAGGCUUGGCGGUGAUAACCCAAGUUGUCUUUUCACCAACUCCAACUGGUUCACUUUUGAGGAUGAGAGUUCCAUGGAACCUAUGAGCAUCACAACACCUGAUAAGAUGGACGAUGCUAAUCUAAAUGAGACAUCAAAUGGCAGCGACAGCAGUGAUGAUGAGGUGGUGGUUGGAGUUGAGGAGCUUGCCAAGGCUGGGAUGCCUGGACACAAGUAUUUAGACUCGGAUUUCAUGUCCCAGGACACUUCUAGUGUAGAUCAAUCCCUUAACGAUCUGUCCACAGAUGUGACAAAACUGAAUGUCACCGACGAUGUGAGUCUUUUCCGGUUGGACACUGCUGAGAAUGAGGACCUCUUCAACGACCAACAGCUACCAGAAUGGGUGGGUUGGCGUGAAGCUUCAGACAUUCACGUAGAUGGAUCUACUGACGCUUCAGUUCAGUCAAACACCGUGGUGGAAGGUGCAGCAACCACAGCACCAGUUACCACAGCUGGUGCACUAGGUGAAAGUAGUGUGCACGCGUUAGAAUCUGGUGAGUCAGCAAAAGCAGAAGAGACUUCCUCUUCAUUGUUCGAGGAUGCAGAGUUUGUCGGUGUGGAUUUUGAGGAAGGGAGAUCCACAAAUGGUGAGGUUGGCGUAACAAAUAGGGCCUUUGUUCUUCAGGUUCCAGAACUGCCCAAGCCCCAUGAAGACGGAACGGCUAUCAAGUUCAACAACAGUCGAUGGCGCAUGGAACCUGAGGUAGGCAUUGUUCAGGAGUAGCAAUAAGUCUAACCGUAUUGAUCCCACAAAAGGGGUUCCAUGUACAGCAGCAUUUAUUCAGACGUGCAUCUGGUAGCAGGUGUACUCUUGCUGUUUCAUAUUAUAUUUUUUGUCUCCAAACCGGCGAGUUGUUCCCGUGUAUUAUUAUUGUCGUUGUCCCAUAUAAACUGUAUUAUUAUGGUCCUGUUAAUCGUUAUUAACUGUUUGCUUUUGUAUAAUUGGAACGACCAUCAAUAUCUAGUUCUGUUGGCAUAUUCUUGUUUCA